AUGCCGACGAAAAGAGUCCGCCAGAGUGAGCGGCGCAGAUGCGUCAAGGCUUGCGGCAAUUGCAAGAGGCGCAAGGAGCGGUGCGACGGUCAGCAACCCUGCAGGCGCUGCGUGAUUCGCAGAGUCGAGAGCGAUUGCUCUUUCGCCGGGCCUCCGACCACUUUUCCACCGGAAAGCUCUUCGUCGGCUAGGAGUCCUCCUCAACAAGGCGUGGCGGCUCUCGAUGGGAGCCCGGCCGGUCGAGAUGUCUUUCAUUCUUACGGCUCGGCCGGUUCUUACCACGAGUCCGGCGUCUCUCCGGCUCAUCACAAGCGCACCUCGUCGCAGGUCUCUCAUUUUUCGCCAAACACCGUGGUCCCGCAGCUUUCUCGACUCAUUGGCGAUGGCCGCGGCCGGUUCAUGUUCAUCGGCGACGCCGCCAACUUAGCGUUUGUCAAGGUCAUCCGGCGUCUCGUGCGCGAUCGUGUCGGCUCUUGUCCGUUCACCGACGACCCUUUCCGGCAUCUCAUGGUCGAGGCAACCCCGGAAGGACGUCCGAGAUGGAUCAUCACCAACCCGGCAGACAUCCCCACAAAGCCAAGCGUGGAGCAGGCGAGGUAUCUGCUUCGAUGGUAUCUGCGAGCCACCAACUGCAUCCUCGAAGUCUUUGACGAGGCGGAAAUCCUCGACGACCUGGACAAGUGGCUUCGCGGAGAGCCGACCAGCCAGGAUGAGGAAGCCAUGAACUGUCUCUUCUUUCUCAUCUUCGGCAUCGGAGCACAGCGAUGUCCGGACGAUCGAGAUGCAGAUGCCGAGAAGUACUUCAACUAUGGCCGCUUCCUGGCCGUUUCUUACGCCAUGGAGAACCCCACGAACAACACUGUCCGCAGCUACGUUCUCAUCACCGUCUAUCUCCUCGGGGCAUCUAGACGCAACUCGGCGUUCAUGCACCUCGGCGUCGCUGCCCGCGCAGCAUACGCCCUCGGCAUUCAUCGAAGAGACAAUCCGGCUCUCUUCUCGGCGCAGGAACAAGACACCCGCGAACGCCUCUGGAAGGCGCUUCGUGUCCUCGACCUGUUUCUUGGGGCGUCCCUGGGUCGACCUCUCGCAACAACGGAGUCUCGAGACUUUUCGGCGACCGACAACCACUCGGCAUCGCUCGAAUUGUGUGCAAUCUUUGAGUCAAUCCUCACAGAGGUCUACGCCAAGCGCAUGGUGACUACGGAUAUACUCGAACGCAUCAGUGAGCAACACCGUCGUUGGGCUGCGAGGUUCAGCGACGGUCUCGCUGCCGAUGGAGUCAAGUCAGGCAUGUACGUCGACGCAGAAGACGGGGAAACGUACCCUAACAUUGCCCUUUAUCACAUGAAAGAGGCCUACUACUGGAGCAUCAUGCUUCUCUCACGACCGUUCCUCAUCGACUUCGUUUCGAGGAAUAUUGCUCGGUCAGAAUCAAUGUCUAUGUGGAGCGAUGCCCCGCCGCCAUCGUCCCCAUCAGAUCAACUACUAGUCCACGCCUGCGUCGACUCGGCAAUAAGAACCAUCGAUCUCUUGUCUGGCCUCAUAACUGAUAAGAACGUUUCCAAGAGGCACCCUUUUGUCAUCAAUUCCGUCUUCGUCUCAGCUUUGGUUCUCGGCCUCGCAGUCUUUGGCGAUAUGGACAGCACGUUUCCCCUAGACAAAGGUCUAGCGGAUGCCCAAGCACUUCUGCGGCGAUUCAGCAAGCAUGACCGAGUCGCAAACAGGGAGCUUUCGAUCGUUGAGCAUUUGCAAGGUGCUUGUGUUUUAUAUAUCGAGAGAAGGGCUCGGAGAAAGAUGGAGUGUCAAGGGAUGUUGAUCGGAGAGCUCUUUGGAAGCGUUCACGACGGAGCUCAACCGCCACUGGAUGCCGCUAGGCUGAGCUCUGCUAGCUUCCACCGGGAUUCCAGACAUUUUGGGGGGCAUCGUCCGCAAAGCACCUCAGAUGCGGAAGACAUCAGCAGCAUGGGCCAGAGUGUUUCUCUGACGACAGCCAGCACUGAUGCCCAGCAAGUGGAUGGAAGUGAGCACGCUCGUGGCUCAAAUGUCACACAGGCCCUGACGCCUUCAACCGAUAUCCUAAUGCCGAUGUCGCCGAGGACUCUCCUGUUCGACUCUUACGGUCACGACAUGCCGUUCUUUCCAACCAUGGAUGCUAGCAUGGCGCAUUUGGGGUACGGGGACGAGAUGUUGAUGGCAGACACGAGUGCUUUGCUAGAGCCGCACUGCUGA